UCUGUAAAAUGGCAAAUGGUCAACCAGCUGCGAGCAGAGCGCAUCUCUGUCUCUAACCUAACACAGGCCUACAGAUGAGCGUUGAAGAGCCCAGUGCCACACUCUCCUCUGGACAACAUAACAUACAAGGAAAACAUGAAUCUUGAUGGAGAUAUAUUAUCUGUGAUUGAGAAUCCUGUGGCUGUCAGUCAUCCUUUUCACCCAGAGAAGACAGGAGUGGGAGAGGCUCGAGGAGCUCAGAGUCAGAGCUGCCAUGCCUGGCUGAGAGGAAUCCAUUCUACAAACCACGCCCAUAGACUGGUGAGACUACUGGUUGCUGUGUGUGCAGUAGGACUUCUUGGAGGCUUAGCAGUCGGAGUGUGGUUCCUAGUCAGGUUGUUGUUGAGGCCUACCUCUUCCCAGAGCCCAGCUGGGCUGGGGGACACCAAGGAGACGUCCUUCUGUAACGUGACCGAGGACAUCUCUGUGGCUGACCCCAGGAAAGUGUUUUACAGAAUCAGCCCGGAGUACUCUCUCCUGGAGAUCCAACUAGAGAAGGUGCCCACCUGGCUGCCUGUGUGCUAUGAGAGAUGGAACUCUUCCCUGGGGACCCUGGUCUGCCGCCAGCUGGGAUAUCUAAGACUGACCAAGCAAAAAGGGGUGAACUUAACGGACAUCGGACCUAACUACACCGAUGGCUUUAUACAGAUCACAUCUGAACACAAGACCAGCCUGGAAAAUAUAUGGCAAUUAAGGGGGAGUUGCGUCACAGGGAAGGUUAUAGCUUUGAAAUGUUUUGAGUGUGGGACACGGGCUAAGCUGCCCAGGAUAAUCGGGGGAGUGGAGGCUACCUUGGGAAGGUGGCCCUGGCAAGUCAGUCUCUACUACAGCAACCGACACACCUGUGGAGGCACCAUCAUCACCAGCCAAUGGGUGGUCACCGCAGCCCACUGUGUGCACAAUUAUAGGCUGCCACAGGUCAGUUGGGUGGUCUACGCUGGUAUUGUCACACGCAGUUCAGCUAAAAUGGCUCAGUACACUGGAUAUGCAGUGGAAAAGAUCAUCUACAACAACAAAUACAACCCCAGGAGCCACGACAAUGACAUUGCUCUGAUGAAACUACUGACCCCACUGAAUUUCUCAGAUACCAUCAGGCCUAUCUGUCUGCCACAGUACGAGCAUGAUCUACCAGGAGGAACACAGUGCUGGAUCUCUGGCUGGGGCUACACUCAACCAGAUGAUGUUCUCAUCCCUGCCACACUAAAAGAAGCUACAGUUCCACUGAUAAGCACCAAGAAAUGCAACAGUUCCUGCAUGUACAAUGGAGAGGUCACCCCCCGCAUGCUCUGUGCUGGAUACACCGAGGGCAAAGUGGACGCAUGUCAGGGGGACAGUGGGGGUCCGCUAGUCUGUCAAAUUGACAACGUGUGGAGACUGGUGGGGGUGGUGAGCUGGGGUACAGGCUGCGCUGAGCCCAACCACCCUGGAGUCUACACCAAGGUGGCCGAGUAUCUCGGCUGGAUCUACGACAUGAUUGAGAGCUACUGAGGAGGAAGAGGAAUAAGACAAUGGAUGAUCAGGGAGACUCCAGAACAGGCCUAGGGGAAACUGAAACAUAUGAUGCUCCUGGCAUUCUUCCUCCUGUACUGUAAAUGUAAUUUUACCUCCUUAUAACGGCCAUGUUGUUUGCAGAAAUGCAUACAUUAUUUAACAGUAGGAAAUAUUUUAUAUUUUAUAUAUAUAUUUGUUUGUCAUACAUUGUAUUUUUAGCACCUGAAUGAGAACAUAUUUAUACCAUAUAUUUGUCUUGUAUUGAAAAUAAAUGA